AUGAUCACGAGGCUAAAGAACAAAAGUAAGGAGAGGACAGCCGCUUUGAAGGGCAAAAAGCGGGCACAGGAAGGUAUUGAAGCGCAAGAACGGAAAGAUCUACCACCCAGUAAGAUUACGCAAAGGACGAAGAGCUCAAAUAAAGUCACCAAGAUGGGAAAACAGAGCUGGUAUAACGAUCUUUCAAAGUACAAUCACAUUAAACCAUUGACGUCCAAAGUUAGAGGAAUGGUCAGUAAUAUGACUAAUUACAAUCAUCUCUUGAUGAGAUCUAUUGAGAAUCCUCACUAUAGACAGAAACUAUUAGACAUUGAAGAAAGGAAGCUGCGCUUGAAUAGCUAUCCGCUGCCCAAGGUACAAAAUGACCAGAGCUUGAAAGAUGCCUUGAACCACUUUAGAAUUGAUAGACAGGGCAGAUCAAUUCCGAUACUGGAUAGAAAUCCUCAUGUGUGUUCUUCAUUCAAAGAGAAUAAGCAUUUGUAUGCCAAAGCACGUACUACCCACAAUGAUGCACUGAUGGAAGACCCAGUACUGAGAAACUUCUUCGAAGUCCACUCAAGGCAGAUGUUUGGUGUGGGAUAUAUUGACGUGGAUCACGAGAAGAAACGAGUCGAUCUAUUGACAUUGAAAAAAAUUGUCGACGAUGACCAGUUUGUAAAUGAAGAGGAUGUGUUUAGAGGACUGAAGUUGGAGGAUUUCACGGAAGUUCAAACAUUUGGUUUUGAGCCAAUAUGA